AUGGUCGUCGUCGUCAAAGCCAACGACUCUGGCGCUGGAUUGCAGGUUGACAGUGACGUCCCCGGCCGGGAAUCCCGGAACGAUACGCAAAUUCGAGGGACGGAUGUGAGGCAGGAGGCCUCUUCCGCGAGUGGUGAUGGAAAGGCUUUUGGUCCUCAAGGGUCAAAGCGCGAGAACGUGAUGAAGACGACGGGGUGGGGUGCGAAAAUUGGGGAUGGGGUGAAGGGGGGAGAGGAUGAGAAGGAAGAGAAGAGGAGAGGGGAAGAGGGAGAGAAAGGGAAAGGGAUAGAGGAAGAGAGGAAAACGUCGAAGUUCAAAGGGUUGUCGGCAAAGCUGGGAUUAGAUGUGGGUACGGUGUUGAUGAUGUUUAAAAUCUCUUGGUGUAUUGACGGGAGCCUAAUCGAAGCUGGCAGGUAUCGCGAUCUACCAAGCGGAUUCAGUAGCGAGGCUCUUCAAUACGCUGGGGUAUCUGAUUCCUAUCCUCACGGUUCUGAGUAUGCCUAUCAUGCCACGGGCCAAGCGAUUGCGCUGUUGGGCAUCUGGUCUGGUGUGAAGGCGCGGGAAAACACCACUCCUGCUGGGUCGACUGCAUCGUAUAACUCUUCCCAGUCCGUUGUCUGCGCCAUCUGGCUUUUCGUAAAUAUCUGGUUUGCCAACGUCUUGCGCGCAAAGAUGCCAGCCCUCCAGUUUCCGGUCAUUAUGUAUAGCAUCUUCACCAAUGUGUCGUUUACGUACGGCCCUUUAUUUCCUACGAGCGCGGCUGGUGAGGAUUUCGUUGUAGAGCUUCUACGGGCGUUCCUGGUAGCUUUUGCUAUUUCUACUGGAGUUAACCUGUUUGUGAUACCCAUGAGCUCGAGGCUGGUUGUUUUUAAGGAGCAAGCAGGGUAUAUACAACUGGUGCGAGGCGUCCUCAAGGCGCAAAGCGCCUAUCUGCAAAGCUUAGAAACUAGCGAUAUGUUCGCAGCCCCUCAAUCUAGAUCUCAUAGCGGUGACGAUCAUAGCAACGAGAAUAAAAGAAAGAAAGGAGGCAAGAAAGACGGAUCUCACCCAGCGCAAAAUCUUCAAGCCAAAGCUUUGAAAGACUCUCUUGCCGCAUUGAUUGCACUGCAUGGCAGGCUCUACGGUGACAUGACGUUCGCAAAACGCGAAGCUGCCUGGGGUAAACUGGACGCUAAGGACCUCGAGGAAAUCUUCGCCCUGUUCAGAGACAUUUUGAUUCCACUGAACGGGAUGAGCACUAUCACGGACAUUUUUGAGCGGAUUGCUGAGAGGAGGGGCUGGGUCUCCGUCCCAAAUUCAAAGUUCAACGAGUUGGAAGCUUGGGAAAACAAUCGUGGGGAGGAAGAGGAGGAAGAGAAGAGGACGUGGAAUGAGAUUAUGAAGACGUUGCACGAGCCAUUUGAAGUCGUUACAACUGCCAUGGAUGAGGGGCUGCAUCACGCUGGCUUGGCCCUCGAACUCAUCCCUAAACCCAAAGCAAAGCAAGGGGAGGACGCUGAGGCGAAAGGCGAAGAAGUCAAGCCUGGAGAUCCACGGUUUGCGGAGCAUAUGCAUAAGAAGAUGGCGGACUUUUAUGGGAGAAGGGGCGAGACGCUUAGGGCGUGGGCGAGACAGAAGGGACUGGAUGAAGAGCAAUUGGAUGCUGCGCAGUCUCCUGGACCGGACGACGAAUCAUCGGUAUUAGACGACAAGCAUAGCCGAGAUCAGCAACAGCUGUAUCUGAUUCUCUACCUCGAGAACCUGCUCCACUCAGCCGGAGUAGCCAUUUUGAAAUUGGUACAAUUCGCCGACAGCAAGGUUGCUGACGGCACAAUGAAGAAGAACCGACUCAUUAAUCCAGGCCAACAGAGGUUGAAGAAGUGGAUCCUGAGUAUCGGCCGCGAAGAUAGCUCGCUUGACUCCAACACGCCGGAUUCUAUGGAAGCUGGCACAAACACGGUCUACAUGGGCGCAGGCUUCAACCCUAAGGGAGAUCCGGAGCAUUUACCAGCCAAGACCGCAUGGCAGAAAUUCGGAAAUGGUCUUCGCACAAUCUCUCACUUUAUGGGAUCCACGGAAUCCGCCUUUGGCUUCCGAGUCGCGUGUGCCACGCUGACUGUUGGCAUCAUUGCAUUUCUGAAGGACUCGCAGGAAUUCUUCAUCAAGCAACGCCUCGUAUGGGCUAUGAUUAUCAUCGCUAUUGGGAUGACGAUGACCUCUGGGCAAUCAAUCUUUGGAUUCUUCGCACGAGUCGCCGGCACGGCACUGGCGAUGGUGUUCUCAAUAGUAAUUUGGUAUAUUGUGAACGAGCAAACCGCGGGCGUCAUUGUCUUCCUUUGGCUGUUCAUCUUUGUAGAGAUGUACUUCUUCCUGAAGUAUCCCAGGUUCAUACCCAUCUGGCUGAUGUGUAUCGUCACCCAGGUCUUGAUCAUCGGGUAUGAGCUGCAGGUGGAAAAAAUUGGAAUUGCGGCUUCGGUUGCAACGGGACAGCCUUACUAUCCUACCUACCAGCUAGCUCCCUACCGUCUAGCAUGUGUGGCAGGCGGCUGCUUUAUCGCUUUCGUCUGGACUGUCUUCCCCUAUCCUCUCUCUGAUAGAAGCUGGCUGCGCAAAGACCUCGGCUCUACACUCUAUCUCCUCGCAAACUACUAUAGCGUCGUACACUCCACCAUUGUUGCUCGAAUGCACAACUCGGAAGGAGACAUGACGUCAAAGCACUCGCCCGGCAAGCAGCUGGAAAAAUUCCGAUACAAGAUAUUCAGCAAACUGCUGCUGCUGAUUCCGUCGUUGCAAGAGCAUGCUGAUUGGCAGAAAUGGGAGCCGACCAUUGGAGGGAAAUUCCCACGCAAAACCUACGAAAGCAUCAUCCAGCGCACCUUAAAUCUCAUGAAUUACAUCUCUCUAAUGUCCUACACGACCAAAUCCUGGACCUCCGACCACGGCUACCUCUACCCUGACGCCGACCCCUCCAAGAGCCGCGAAUGGCUCCAUGACCUCUCCGUCCUCCUCGACUCCAUCGGGCCCACCUCCCACGCCAUCACCUCCGUGCUCUCCCUCCUGUCCGCCUCUGUCACGCAAGGCUCGGCCCUCCCGCCCUACAUACAGCUGCCCGAGAGCUACAACCUGAGCCGGAGACUGGAGAAGCUGGACAGGGGCAUCCUGGGCAUCAAGCACGUCGAGGAGCCCGGGUACUCGGCGUACGCAGUGCUGCAGGUGUGCAGCAGCCUCGUGGUGGACGAUCUGCGGAGACUGGUCGAGGAUGUCAAGGAGCUGGUUGGCGAGACGGAUUUCUCGUUCCAGAUUAGCUCGUUGGAGACUGGUCUGGGGAGCAGCAGUGCAGGGGGAAGUACGGAUGAGGCUGGGAAGGGGAAGGUGGAUUGA